UGCGCCGCGGUGGAUUUGCCAGAUGGGAAGUGGCCUGGGGAACAGAACGGCUCAGCCUUCGAAUUUGGGGAGAUUCGUCCCUGCGGUUCCCAGGGCAAUGCGCAAGCGCAGUUCAGACCCAGGCUGCAGACUCCAGCUCUUUGUUCUGCGGCGAAGUGGCGAUGGAGAUCUCUCACUGCUGGCAGGGUCUCCUCGGCAACCCAGGGUAACCAGGCACCGUAGUCAGAGCCUCGUUUGGAGAGCUGGAGUGGCCGUGCGUGGUUGCGUCCGGGGAGAAGAACGGAGAUGAAAGCCCGGGUCAUGCUCCGUUCUGGAGGACGCCGAUGUGAUGCCGCAAACUUCCCAGGAUGUAUGGCUAAGUUUGAUUCCAAAGAGAAAAGGGACGACCAGGUGUGUAGAAGUUUCUGCCUGAGGAGUCCUACUCUGCUUGUUCCUAAAAGAGCUCAUUAGAGAAGAAAUGGCUUUCAGGCACCUGCCAAACAUGGUCCAGGAAUCAGUGACCUUCAAGGAUGUGGCCGUGCUCUUCACCCAGGAUGAGUGGGCACAGCUGAGCCCUGCUCAGAGGGCCUUGUACAGGGAUGUGAUGCUGGAGAACUACAGCCACCUGGUCUCACUGGGGCUCUUAGGACCCAAACCAGAUCUGUUUGCCCAGCUUGGAAAAGGGGAAGAAUGGACACCAGAAGACACCUCCCGAGGCUUCUGUCUGGACUGGAUGACUAUCCCUGUGAGUAAGAAAUCUACUCUCAAGGCAGAUAUUCCUGAAGAAGAAUUGGAUCAGUGGAUGAUAAAGGAAAGAUUAACUAGCAAUAGUCACUGGAAAUAUGAUAGCCUAUUGGAAUGGCAGCAUGAAGCCCAGGAGAUAAAGUUGCAGAAAAUGGUACUCACUCACCAGAAAAUCUCAUCUGUGGGUAGUGACCAGGAAUGUGAGAGAUCUGGGAAUCGCUGCAUCAUGAGCUCAUCUUUUGUUCAAAGUCAGGUAUUUCAAUCUAGCAAAAAAGCCUUUGACUGUAGUGAGUGUGGGAAAGUUUUCACUAAGAGUUCAACUCUUAAUAAACAUCAGAAAAUUCAUACUGAAAAACUUAAUUCAAAUCCAAAAACUCUUAUUAAAGAGAAACGGUACAAAUGUAGAGAAUGUGGGAAAGCCUUUCACCAGAGUACACACCUUAUCCAUCACCAAAGAAUUCACACUGGUGAGAAACCAUAUGAAUGUAAGGAAUGUGGCAAGGCCUUCUCAGUGAGCUCCUCACUUACUUAUCAUCAGAAAAUCCACACUGGAGAGAAACCUUUUGAAUGCAACUUAUGUGGAAAAGCUUUUAUCCGAAAUAUACACCUAGCCCACCAUCAUAGAAUACAUACAGGAGAGAAACCUUUUAAAUGUAAUAUAUGUGACAAAGCCUUUGUGUGCAGGGCACAUCUUACCAAACAUCAGAAUAUUCAUAGUGGAGAGAAACCCUAUAAAUGUAAUGAAUGUGGGAAAGCCUUCAACCAGAGUACAAGUUUUCUUCAGCAUCAGAGAAUUCACACUGGAGAGAAGCCCUUUGAAUGUAAUGAAUGUGGAAAGGCCUUCAGGGUGAACUCUUCCCUUACUGAACAUCAGAGAAUUCAUACUGGAGAGAAACCUUAUAAGUGUAAUGAAUGUGGGAAAGCUUUCAGAGAUAAUUCAUCCUUUGCUCGACAUCGGAAAAUUCAUACUGGAGAAAAACCUUACAGAUGUGGUUUGUGUGAGAAAGCCUUUAGGGACCAAUCAGCCCUAGCUCAACAUCAGAGAAUUCAUACUGGGGAAAAACCAUAUACAUGUAAUAUAUGUGAGAAAGCCUUCAGUGACCAUUCAGCCCUUACUCAACAUAAGAGAAUUCAUACUAGGGAAAAACCUUACAAAUGUAAAAUCUGUGGGAAAGCCUUUAUCCGAAGCACACACCUUACUCAACAUCAGAGGAUUCACACAGGAGAGAAACCCUACAAAUGUAAUAAAUGUGGGAAAGCCUUCAACCAGACUGCAAACCUCAUUCAGCAUCAGAAACAUCAUUUUGGAGAAAAGUGAUAUAAUUGCAGUUUAUAAGGAAGGGCUUUGAGAAUGAGUAUAUGAAUAAUUGAAUUUAAGAGAAUCCAUUCUAGAAAUUAACCAUGAAAGCUUAUAUUAAGAUAGUCAUUUUAUUUACUGAGAGUCAAGCUUUACAGCAGCGGUUCUCAACCUGUGGGUUGCGACCCC